AUGAAGAUUCGUUUGGUUGUAUACAAUGGCGGAAAGUGGGAAAUCGUUAACGGAAAGUUGGAGUAUGUUGUUGAUGCUGAUUCAAGUAGACGUGGUUUAGAAAUUGAACCCAACCUUUCAUACACUGCUCUUCUAAAAAAUUAUGAUGUUGUAAACGACUCCCAACCAAAUCCUGAUAAUUCUUUUGAAAAUUGUUCGCGAUCUUCAUCAAUUACUUUUGAACCAGGUCACGUAUUUAAUAACAAAGAAGACAUGAAACUUGAGUUGGGAAAAAAAUGUUUGUUAGAACACUUUGAGUUUAAAGUAGAUAGAUCCUCUACAAGUCGGUACCAAGUGUCAUGUUUGGUGGACGGUUGUGGUUGGCGUUUUCAUGCAAGGAGUUUUGGAGAUAGUGGGGUGUUUUUUGUUAAGAGUUUUAAUGAUAAACACACGUGCUCGAAGACGCUAACGUACCCACAUGUUCGUCAGGAAAACCCAAAUGUUGUUGCUCAUUAUUUAAAAGAACCUUUAAAAGAUAGUGGAAGAAUAUAUCGUUGUAAUGAAAUAGUGAAAGAUUUUAGACAAAGAUUCCAAGUUGAGAUAACCACUAGUCAAGCUUGGCGUGGAAAAAGUCUGGCACUAGAGCUUUUACAAGGAUCAAGCAGAGACUCGUUUGCAGAACUACCACUUUAUUGUUACAAUCUAGAGCGGGCAAAUCCUGGUUCUGUUACACAUAUCAAGACUGAUGACGAGCGUCGGUUUGAGAUGGUCUUUGUCGCGAUUGGUGCUGCGAUUCGUACCUUUAUAUGUAAUUUAAGACCGGUUGUGAUCAUUGAUGCUGCACACCUAAAGGGUGAAUUUAAAGGGACGUUAUUUUUAGCGGUCGGGAUGGAUGGAAACAACCAAAUUUUACCAAUUUCCUAUGGAAUAGGAAAAUCAGAGGAUGGUGAUCUUGGACAUGGUUUCUGUCAAAGCUUAAAGAAUGUAUCGGUGAAAUACCUGAAAUGGCCAUAA